AUGCUGAGCGCGGCGAUACAGAGAGUGAGCGCGGAUCGCGACGCCGCACGCGCUUUUUGCGCCUCGCACGAGAUCACCCUCGACGGCGCCGGCACCGCGGCGCCGGCGGUCGUCACCAGCCUCGCUGAUGCACCCUUUCCCCAGCCGCUCGUCGAGCUGCUGCUGUCCCAGCCAGGAUUCACCGCGCCGUCGGCGGUGCAGGGCGCUGCCUGGCCCGCCGCCGUGGCGGGCCGCGACGUCCUCGCCGUCGCCAAGACAGGCUCCGGCAAGACGCUCGGAUACCUCCUACCCGCACUUGCCCGCUGGCACGCUGUGCGCGGGAAGCUGCUCUCUUCGGGUCCGCGGCACCCGUACUGCCUCGUCAUGGCGCCGACGCGCGAGCUCGCUAUCCAGAUCAACGAGCAGGCACUCCUCUUUUGGCGGCGCACCGCGCUCCUCUUCGGCGCGCCGCUCGGGGCGCGCUCGGUGGUCGUGUACGGCGGCGCGCCAAAGGUCGUGCAGGCGGGCCACCUCUCGCGCGGUGCCGACAUCGUGGUCGCUACCCCGGCCGCGGUCCCUCGUGCUUGGCGAGCGGACCGGAUGCGCGGACAGAAUAGAUCCAGCCACACCUGUGAGCAGGCGGACCGCAUGCUCGACAUGGGCUUCGAGAAGGACAUCCGCGCUCUGGUGGCUGCCAUCCCGGCUGUCGGUCGGCAGACGCUGCUCUUCACGGCGACGUGGCCGAAGGCGGUGCAGCGGCUUCUCGACGUGAGCAGCGCCGCCGGCCGCGUGCGCGUCACCGUCGGCAGCGGCGGCGAGAAGCUGACCGCCAACCCAAGUGUGGAGCAGCGCGUGGCAGUGCUCGGUCACCCGCGAGACAAGUGGGAGGCGUUCCUGCAGCUGGUCGAGCCGUUCCGCAAGGGCGGCGGCGAGGCGGCGACGCGCGUGAUCGUCUUUUGCAACACCAAGAAGGACGUCAACGGCAUCGGCGAGCACCUCUACAACGACGGCUUUUCCGUCGACACUUGCUCGGGCGACCGCACGCAGCGCGAGCGCGAGCGCGUCAUCCAGUCCUUCCGCGACGGCGCCGUGACGAUGGUCAUCGCGACCGACGUCGCCGCGCGCGGGCUCGACAUCCAGGGCAUCGACCGCGUGAUCAACUACGACUACCCGCCCGGCGAGGGCGGCUCGGACGACUACAUCCACCGCAUCGGCCGCACCGGCCGCGCGGGCGCAAAGGGGCGCGCGGACACGCUCUUCACGCACAAGGACGGGCGGCACGCGCCAGAGCUGGCAGCGCCCUCGGUCGCGCGCUCUCCGCCUCGCUCCGCCCCCCCAAGGCUG